AUGGAUGAACCGUUGACUAUUGAGUUAAAUGAGCUUAGUAGUUUGAUUUGCAAUUUCUCAAAAGGAUUGUGUGCAGAAUCUCAAGUAACUGGGCUUCUAGAACGUAUAAGACAGAGAGUGCAUUUGGUGUAUGGCUUUAAAGCUCCAAAUAACAUAUCUACACAAAUUAUCGCAUUGGAAAAGGAGUUAGCAUCCAUUUUAUCCAAGAAAAGGUUGCCAAAAUUCCAGUUGAGAACAAAAAUACCAAUAUCCACUAGUAAUAAGCCACGUCCCACUACAUUGAAUGAUGGUUUUAAGCCAAAAAAAUGUGUGAUAUCUACAAAUGAAAUCACUAUCACAUCUCAAAUCAACGAGCAAUUCUUAAUACCUACGGGACAAGCUACAUCAGCGCUUGUAACUCUAGAACAUUUGUAUAACUGCGAUGUUGAGAUAUUAGACAUAGUCGUCACAGUAUAUAUUAAGAAAUUAGACAAUUGCAAUAUACUUGUAGGACCCUGUACUGGAUCAAUUAUGAUACAUGAAUCACGCAACUGUACAUUCAAAUUGACGUGUAAACAAUUACGGAUACACGAUUCGAACAAUAUUAAAUGCUUAGUCAAUACUAGCAUCGCACCAAUCAUCGAGAAUUGCACUGGAAUUGGUUAUAACACUAACAAUUUCAUAUAUGAAGGCUACCUAAAGCAGUUAAAGAGUGUAGGGUUGAAUGAAUUGGUUGAUGCUGGCAAACAAGUGAUUACUGAUUUUUGCUGGCAGAAAAAUACGCCCUCUCCAAACUGGUAUUACUUGUAG